AUGAUAUUUAUGGAGAAUAGAUCUGAAAUAAAUGAGUUCAUCCUCCUAGGAUUAACAGAUGUGCCAGAGCUUCAGACUCCACUCUUCAUAAUGUUCACCCUCAUCUACCUCAUUACCAUAGUAGGGAACCUGACAAUAGUAGCUCUGAUCUCCUUGGAUACCCACCUCCACACACCCAUGUACUUCUUCCUUAGUAACCUCUCUCUGGUGGAUUUUGCCUACUCUUCAACUGUUACUCCCAAAGUGAUAUCUGGGCUCCUCACAGGGGACAAGGUCAUCUCCUAUAACGGAUGCGCUACACAAAUGUUAUUUGUUGCAGCCUUUGCUGCUACUGAAAGUUUCCUCUUAGCCUCCAUGGCCUAUGAUCGCCAUGCAGCUGUGUGUAAGCCACUACAUUACACCACUACAAUGACUUCAACAGUGUGUGCAUAUCUGGCCAGUGGGUCUCACCUCUUUGGUUUUUUGUACUCCUCCAUACUCAUAGGACAUACAUUUAGCCUUUUCUUCUGCAGGUCCAAUGUGGUCCAUCACUUUUUCUGUGAUCUUCCCCCUCUCCUAGCUCUUUCUUGCUCAGAUGUUCACAUUGUUGAGUUGAUAAUCUUUAUCUCAGGCCCAUUUACUAUCUUUUUCCCAAUUCUUGUCAUCCUUGCCUCCUAUUUGUUAAUCUUCAUCACCAUCCUGAAGAUACGUUCUGCUGAAGGCCGCCAGAAAGCUUUCUCCACCUGUGCUUCCCAUCUCACAAUAGUGGUUAUAUAUUAUGGGACAAUCAUCUUCAUGUACUUCCAACCCAGCUCAACACAUUCAAAGCACAUAGACAAAAUAGUGUCAGUAUUCUAUACCAUAAUCAUCCCCAUGUUGAACCCUCUUGUCUAUAGUCUGAGAAACAAAGAGGUCAAGAAUGCUUUUAGGAAAGUUGUAACUGGACAGAAACUUUAA